AUGACCAACGCAACCCAGCCGCCGCAGCAGCAACAAGAUGAUGAGCCGCACUUCGACAUCCCCACGAAAUGCAAGGCCGGCGUCGUCGUCAACGAGGGCCCCGACUUCCACGUCGAGAUCCAGGACGUCGACGUGCCCUCGCCUGGCCCCGACGACAUCCUCAUCCGCCUCACCCACACCGGCAUCUGUCACAGCGACAUCCACUUCAUGGCGCACGACUGGGCCUCCCCCCCCAUGUCCACCUUCAACGUGCGCUCCCCCGGCCACGAAGGCGCCGGCGUAGUCGUCCAGCGCGGCUCCUCCGUCUCCCCCCAGAAAUGGCCCCUCGGCGCCCGCGCCGGCAUCAAGCCCAUUCACGACACCUGCGGCGCGUGCCACGCCUGCUGGAGCGGCCGCGACAACUACUGCGCCGCCGCCGUGCUGACGGGGCUGCGCGUCACCGGCACGUACCAGCAGUACGUCCUCUCCCCCGCCAAGUACGCCACCCCCAUCCCCGCCGACGUGCCCCCCGAGCUCGCCGCCCCCGUCAUGUGCUCCGCCAGCACCAUGCACCGCGCGCUAGUAGACUCCGGGCUCCGCGCGGGCGAAUUCGUCGUCUUCUCCGGCGGCGGCGGCGGCGUCGGCAUCAACGGCGUGCAGUUCGCGCGCAUCAUGGGCAUGCGGCCCAUCGUGGUGGACACGGGCGCGGCGAAGCGCGCGCUCUGCCUCUCCAUGGGCGCCGAGGCGUUCGUCGACUUUCGAGAGGAACCCGACACCCCCGCCGCGGUCAAGCGCCUCUGCGACAACGUCGGCGCGCACGGCGUCGUCGUCACGGCGCCCCAGGCCUACAAACACGCGAUUGCGUACCUAGGCGACCGCACGGGCGGGAAGGUUGUCUGCGUGGCGCUGCCCCCCGCCGACAGCGUCACCAUCGGCGCGGACCCGAACCUCAUUGUCUUCAAGAACGUGCACAUUCUGGGCACGCUGGUCGGGAACCAGGCCGAUGCCGCCGCCGCCAUGGAGUAUGCGCGCCGCGGGCUGCUGAAGCAAAUCUGUGAGGUGAGGCCUUUGCGGGAGCUGCCGGCUAGUGUGGAACAGUUGCGUCGGGGCGAUGUGCCGGGGCGGAUUGUCAUUGCUUUUGAUAUGGAGUGA